GGCUGUGGAGCUGCGCGCCCAGUCGCCCCGCGCCGCCUGCUGAGAAGGCGCUAGCUCGGCAAAGGCACCUGAGCCCGCAGGCAGGGUCCAGCUCCCUGCGCCCCGGGCAGAAGGGGCCUGAGGGGCCUGUCACGCGCCCCGGGACGGCCUCGGGCUGUGCUCUCUGCUCCCUGGUUUACAGGUCCCGGCUGGGGCGCGGGAGAGAGCCGCAGUGAACGCUCCAGUGCCGGGGCAGGUGUAUCUUCCUCUGCUCCUCUAACCCGUCCCUCUUUUCGCUCGCUUGUGCUUUUAUAAAAUAUCCUCCCUUUGGGCUGAACGUGCCCUGCUUGGGGGUCAGCGGGCAGGGGAAGACUUUUGCAAAGUCUGAAGACUGUCUGUCCCUUUUGGCUGCUCUUUGAUCGAGGGGGUGAGGGGAAGAUAGCGCUUCCACCUCUUCAAAAAAAAAAUUGUUACGACUACUUUUGUGCAUGGAAAUCUGUAAGCCAACUUUCAAACGCCAAAUUGCCUGUGUGGCUAGAUCUGAACAGAAAGAUAAACAGAAAUGUCUCACUCUGAAAACAAAGGGCUGAUUUUGGGCAUAAUGGCAGGGGCUGCAGGAAUAAGCUUGGUACUGGUUUGGUAUCACAAGAUCCGAAAACCUGGGGCAACUGCAUUUCUAGAUUUACGCAACAGAUUUCAUUAUGUAGAUUUGCAAAAUGAAACGCAUAAUGAGCAAGGAACAGUGAUGGUUUUACAAAGAAGACAGCUUCAGAUACUGGAAAAAUUGAAUGGCUUACUACUGAAUGUGGAAGAACUGAAGAGAGAGGUGAAGUUUCUUAAAGAAGCUGUUCCAAAGCUGGAAGAGCUUGUUCGAGAUGAGCUGCAAGGGAAGGCUGAUGUUCGUCGGAUUAGCCCUUCACACAGAGCCACCAGAAAAAGAAGAGCUGAGACAGCUUAUGGAGCAACAGAAACUACCAGCUCUGAGGAGGCAGAUAGUGAAGGAGGCUAUAUUACAGCUCAUACUGAUACUGAAGGAGAAUCCGAAGAAGAAAGGCGAUGGAUUAGUUUACCUGCAGAAUCUGCGAGACCAGAAAAGGAAACAGAAUUAUUUAAUCUUCUGCAGCAGGUGGACAGUUUGCGUUGUGGUUCAGAUGGUGAUAAAAAGGAGAGCUUCAGACUGUUACUUGAGAAAGAGGAAAAGUAUGGAAAUCAUGAAGGGUUUCUUUGGAGACUUGCACGAGCUUAUGGAGAUAUGUUUGAGAUGACUACUGAUGUUGAAGAAAAGAAGAAAUAUGUUGCUAAUGGAAAAAUUGUCGCUGAAAAAGCUAUUCAACUGGAUACCAUGAGUGCUGACAGCCACCAAUGGUUUGCAAUUAUGUGUGGCUAUAUGUCUGAGUUUGACAGUAUACAAAACAAAAUCAAGAAUGGCUGUCUCUUUAAGGAGCAUCUAGACAAAGCAAUUGAACUUAAGCCUGAAGAUCCCUUUUUAUAUUACCUAAAUGGAAGAUGGUGCUAUUCAGUAGCACAGUUGUCUUGGAUUGAGAAGAAAGUAGCUGCUACUCUUUUUGGGACUCCACCAACUUCAACAGUACAGGAAGCUUUGCAGAAUUUCCUUAAGGCUGAAGAAAUGCAUCCUGGAUAUUCCAAAUACAAUUAUGUGUUUUUGGCAAAGUGCUACAAAGAUCUUGGCCAUAGAAGCAAUGCACUGAAAUACUGUGAUUUUGCAUCAUCAUUGUUACCAGUUACCAAUGAGGAUAAAGAGGCCCAGAAAGAUUUAGAAGCUUUACUUCUAACCUUGCAGCUGUGACUAAAAGCACUUUUAGCUCUUCAUGCCGUGAUGACAUUGUAGAAGAACCAUAGAAACUAGUUACUGGGAGUCUGAUCCAAAGCUCAUUGAGGCUAGUGGAAAGACUACCUUGACUUCAGUCAUUUUUGGAUCAGGCCCUGUAAGUGGAUGGCAAUUUGGAUAUGAAAUUGAUGCAUUCUAUCUUUUUGAUUCAUAGCUUUAUUUUUAAUUUUUGGAUCUACAGUUUGUUUUAAAUUAUUCUUGCUGGAAGUAUAAUCUCCCAUUAUAAAGUCCACUGCUGGCAAUGGAUACCACAUAGGCAAGAACACCAAAUGCAUUAACUGUGUUCUUGGACUGAUUAAUCAACUAAACUGCAAUGUCAGCACAGAAUUAUAUGGAGCAAUUUCUUUGUUUCUACAUUAAAUUAUGUUUCUACGAAUUUAUCUAUAUAAAUGUAUAUGAAGGUACAUCAUAAACAUAUGUAUGUGUGUUCCUCUGCUUUUACUCACAAGAAAUGUGUAAGACUGAUGGAAGUUAAGGAAAAAGGGAUAGUCUUAAAAAAACUAUUUUGACUUUAGCCUAUUUUUAAUUUUAAAUGGAAAUGUGAAAACUUUAUAAAUCAUGUUUUAAAGUCAUAUUUUAUGUUACUUGAAAGGAAAAAUAUUAAAAAUUGAACCAAUGAAAUGAAAUAUUGUGGUUAAAUCUGUUAGAAUUGUGAAACUUGAGCCCCACCAGGUAGAUGAAUCCUGGUCAUUUGUCUUUGAAUAAUAGCCUGUUGCAGUAUUGUCAGUCUAGCUUUGAGAGCCCCUUCUCCCAUGUGUAACAUUUGUUGAUCUUUCAUGUCAUUUGUGAAAUGUGGCUUAUGUAUACAUAUGUAAUAACUGAGACAUGUUUCUUCUGCUUAAUCAAGCCAAGAGUUUAUGGAACAGUAGGAGUCUAUAUGUUAGAGGAAAGGCACAGAAAUCAUUUUGUUUGCUCAGGGCCUGAUCCAAAACUCACUGAAGUCAGUGAAAAAACUCCAACUGCCCUUAAUGAAUUAUGGGUCAAGAUCUUAAUCUGGAUUAAAGUAUGUGGCCAGAACAAGAAAAUGUUCCCAUAAAUGGAACAUAAAAACAGGUGAAUAUAUAAGCAAGAGCCAGUGAAUAUAUGAGCAAGAGCAAGCAUCAUUUCAAACAAAGGGCCAUAUAUUUUCCUUUAUGUUAAAAAUAUCCAGGAGAGGAGCACUGACUUCCCUAGUUUCAUGCAAUGUUGUUACAGCCAUGUUGGUCCCAGGAUAUCAGAGAGACAAGGUGGGUGAGGUAACAUCUUUUAUUGGACCAACUUCUGUUGGUGAAAGACCUGAAGGAGAGCUCUGUGUAUCUCAAAAGCUUGUCUCUUUCACCAACAGAAGUUCGACCAGUGAAAGAUAUUACCUCACCCACCUUGGUUCCCUAGUUUCAUCACCUUUAGGGAGCUACUGAUUGACUUCAUUAACCUCUUGGAACCUUUAGGCAGCGUGGAAGAGACAGAGCCACUACCAAUUUAUAGCUGUGACCUCUGCUUAUCAUGCUGACUAGUAUUAUUGUUUUCUUAUGCUCUCCCAAUCUGUUUGGAUCUCUGUCUCUUUUCUUAUGCUUAGAUUGUAAGCUCUCUGGGGUAAUGAUUUUUUUUGUACUGUGUUGUAUAGGGCUGAGUGCAGUGCUUUACUGCAAUAAAAGCAGUAGUCUCA